GUCGGGGUCCCCGCGGCGCUCAGGCUCCCGACGCCAGGGGGCGCGCUCCCCUCCCCUUCCGUCCCCGGCCGCGGCCCCGCCCCCGCAGCGGUUGGGAUUUGAAAGUGCGGCGGGCUGCGGCCAGCGGUGUGGAGCCGUGGACCCCGGCAUGGCGAGCCCGGCCCCCGGCGCGCGGUGCCCGGUGCAAGAGCAGCGUGCCCGCUGGGAGCGCAAACGUGCCUGCACGGCCCGGGAGCUGCUGGAGACCGAGCGGCGCUACCAGGAGCAGCUGGGGCUGGUGGCCACGUACUUCGUGGCCAUACUGAGAGCCAAGGGCACCCUGCGACCUCCUGAGCGCCAGGCCCUGUUUGGCCCCUGGGAGCACAUUUACCAAGCCAGCCUAGAGCUGCUUCCCUACCUGGAAGAAGGGCACUGGGGUCCCGGCCUGGAGAGCUUCUGCCCCCACCUAGAGCUCUACACCCAGUUUGCUGCCAACGCAGAGAGGUCGCAGACCACCUUGCAGGAACAACUCAAGAAAAGCAAACGUUUCCGGAGGUUCGUGCGUCUUCAGGAAGGCCGCCCCGAAUUUGGGGGCCUUCAGCUCCAGGACCUGCUCCCUCUGCCUCUGCAAAGGCUCCAGCAGUAUGAAAAUCUUGUCGUUGCUUUGGCCGAAAACACAAGUCCCAACAGCCCUGACCACCAACAGCUCACGCGGGCGGCCAGGCUGAUGAGUGAGACAGUCCAGAGAGUCCAUGCCAUCGGGCAGACACACAAGAACGACCAGCACCUCCGACGUGUCCAGGCUCUGCUCUGUGGCCGCCGGGCCAAGGGACUGACCGCAGGUCGUUGGUUCCUCCGGCAGGGCUGGCUGUUGGUGGUGCCCCCUCGGGGAGAGCCUCGGCCCCGCAUGUUUUUCCUCUUCUCUGAUGUGCUCCUCAUGGCCAAACCUCGCCCCCCGUUGCACCUGCUGCAGAGUGGCACCUUCGCCUGCCGGGCGCUCUACCCCAUGGCCCAGUGUCAACUCCAAAGGGUCUUUGGCCACUCAGAGGGGCCCUGUGGAGGCUUACUCAGCCUGUCUUUUCCCCACGAGAAGCUGCUGCUCAUGUCCACGGACCGGGAGGAGAUGCAGCGCUGGCACCACAGCCUGACUCUAGCCAUCAGCAGCCAGAGGAACUAGAGGCGUUUAAUAAAUUCCGGAGUCCAGGCUACUCGGGAUAGGUCAGGGUCAGGAGCGCCAAGGAAACUUCAGUAUUAAAAUAAUAAGAACAGACCUCCUCAGAGUCUGAGAAAGGGUCGUUCUGUGUUUGCCUGGGACUGAGCCACUGAGGGACAUCUGGCCAACUCUUCUGGAUGAGGAACCAACGCAGACCCAACUGCACCAGCCCUGCAGCAGAGCUGAGUGUGUGACCAGAGUUCUCAAGGUUGCAGCUUUGCAAAUGGGGCUAUUUUUAUGUUAUGUUGUUGUUUUU